AUUCAACAACAUGCAGUCGGAGCGGUAGAAAGUGCUUCCGGGUAACUGGUACAUACGUGCAUAUUCUAGCGAUCGCAAAAGAAAACUUUCGGUUCGGUUGGCUAAAAAGAAAAGUGUCAAGCUGCCCGGUGGGAAAAUCCAAAUCCUGCACUGGAAAAGCGGUCUUGAAGCGGGACAGUAAACUGGAAAUCGAUUCCGGAAUUUCCAUCGCCAGUCUGAUUGAAAGAUAACACAGACGAGAAUGUCUUCGGAUCGGUUUCACAAGGCCGCCAAAGAUGGGCUAUUGGAUGUGCUGGCUGCAGCCACACGCAAGGACACGAAUGCCAAGGACAGUGAUUCAAUGACGCCGGUCAUGUGGGCAGCCUUCGAAGGUCGUUUGGAUGCACUGCGUCUUCUGUGUGGAAGGGGUGGUGACCCCGACAAAUGCGAUCAGUUUGGGAAUACAGCCCUGCAUUUGGCCUCCGCCAAAGGUCAUUUGCAUUGCGUAGACUUUUUGGUAAAAUUCGGAGUCAACAUCUAUGCCUUGGACAUCGAUAAGCACAGUGCCAAGGAUCUGGCGGCUAUUAAUGGCAGGGAUGAGAUUCUGCGCUAUUUGGAUGUGGCCUUUACAAACUUUGAGGCAACUGAAAAAAAAAAGUCUAAGGCGCUGAAGGAGCUGGCCGAGAAGAACUGCGAGAAGCGUGUGCGGGAGUACAUGAAGCGUCAGCAGCAGCAGCGGCAGGAUCCCGACUACUCCGACCUCAGCCCGCCCAGUGGGGCCAGUAAGUCCGGAAACAUGCUGUCCACACUCAAGCAGAAGAUCUGGUCCAGUCAGGGCAACCUGAACAAGCCGCCAAGAGAUCCGCCUCCGCCGGGGCCCACAAAGUUCAGCGACCUGGUGGGCAGUGGAAGCAGCAGCAGCGGGGGCUCCACAAUAGCCAGUCGAGCGGGAACGGUCCAGAAGAGACCAUCCCAACUGCAGAAGCAGCACAGCAGCACGUGUCCACACUCAAAGAUUUCCAGCGACUCGGACGGAGGCUUCAAGGUCCGCGAGUUGGAACCAGAUGGCAAGCGGACCAUUACUUCGUUGACGGGAUUACAGCGGGACUCCGAAGUGAUGUAUGUGGGCACCUUCAGUUCCAACGAGGAGAGCAUCGGCAAGCGCGGCAAGAUCACCGAUGUUUUUGAGUGUAUGGAGGCCGACGAGACGGAUCACAAUGACAACCGCAGUGGCUACAGUUCGGCAUUGGCGCGUUCCUUCUCCCAACCGGAUAUCCUGGGCGAUGGUCAGCUAAGCCAGGAACUAAGCGAGGAAGUGACCCUCCAGAGACCCGUAGGACUGUUCGACAGACCCACCAUGUUGGGCAGCAUAGCCUUCCGACGUUCCGUGACUGCUGCUUUGAGCCAGCUGCAACUGCACACGGACACUAGUUCCACUUCUACGAUGCGGAAUGCUGGCAGCAAUCCACCGAAACAAAGAAAUGGCGGUGGAAAGGGUCGUCUGUAUCUGAACCUGUCGGAUGAUACGGAUUCCGAGGGCGGUGGUCAUGAUAUAUACAGCGACGAGGACGACGACGAUCGGGAGGCCGCCGGUAGUGCCUUGCAAAGAUUUUUGGCCGUUUGGGCCCUGGAAGAAUACCUGCCCGUGUUCCAGAAGCAAGAGAUCGACCUGGAAACACUGAUGCUUCUUACGGAGUCGGACCUCAAGUCCCUGGGUCUGCCGCUGGGCCCAUUCCGGAAACUCACCUUCGCCAUCCAGGAUAGACGCAACGCCCUGGCCAAUCCCGGUCCCCUCGUAGACAGUCGACUGUAGUUCUUGGCCUAUUUAUUAUAUUAUAAUACUUUAACAAGUUCUAUUAGCUUAAUGUAUAUACUAAAUUAAAGCCUAAUGAUUAUCACUCCA